UGGGAGCGCUGCUAUGGCGUUUCUCAGACCCGCGGCUCCUCCUCACACGCUCGAGGCGGAGGGAAGGAGGGGUAAGAGGAGGAGGAGGCGAGCGGGCGGCCGCCGCAGCUGCAGACCCGGGGCCAGAGGAGGAGGCGGAGCGGGAGCCGCCGCAGCCACCCGGGCCGCCCGCAGCCACAGGGCUGCUGCGAGUCCUCUCGGGGCUUGAGGGCGCUGGGCGCCCCAGCCAUGCCCCGCAGCGGCAGCUGAGCCGGGCGCGGGCCCCCUCCCUCCCAGCCGCCGCGCCCCCGGAGUGCCCGGCGCCUCCCGCGCGUCCCAGACCGCGAGCGCGAGCAGCGGCGGCCGCCGAGGCGCGGGUGGUGCCGGCGGCGGCGGGAGCGCGGGGCAGCAGGAGGCGGGGAAGAUGGACCCGGCGCCCUCUCUGGGCUGCAGCCUCAAGGAUGUGAAGUGGAGCUCGGUGGCCGUUCCGCUCGACCUGCUGGUCAGCACUUACCGGCUGCCCCAGAUCGCGCGGCUGGACAGCGGGGAAUGCAUAGAAGGGCUGCGGGAAAAUGACUACCUUCUGAUCCAUUCGUGCCGUCAGUGGACCACCAUCACUGCCCAUAGCUUGGAGGAGGGGCACUACGUCAUUGGGCCAAAGAUAGAGAUUCCGGUACAUUAUGCAGGGCAAUUCAAGCUGCUGGAACAAGACCGAGAUAUAAAGGAGCCAGUGCAAUAUUUCAACAGCGUGGAGGAGGUGGCUAAAGCAUUUCCCGAACGCGUGUACGUCAUGGAGGAAAUAACAUUCAACGUGAAGGUUGCUUCAGGUGAAUGCAAUGAAGACACGGAAGUUUACAACAUCACCCUGUGUACUGGGGAUGAACUCACUCUAAUGGGACAGGCAGAAAUCCUUUACGCAAAGACUUUCAAGGAAAAGUCACGACUCAACACAAUCUUCAAGAAGAUUGGGAAACUCAAUUCCAUCAGCAAGCUGGGAAAAGGCAAAAUGCCGUGUCUCAUUUGCAUGAAUCACCGGACCAAUGAAAGCAUUAGCCUUCCAUUCCAGUGCAAGGGCCGAUUUAGCACCCGAAGUCCCCUGGAACUUCAGAUGCAGGAGGGUGAACACACCAUCCGCAACAUUGUGGAGAAAACCAGGCUUCCUGUGAAUGUGACUGUGCCCAGCCCUCCACCAAGGAACCCAUACGACCUCCACUUCAUCCGCGAGGGUCACCGCUACAAGUUUGUGAACAUCCAGACCAAGACAGUGGUGGUUUGCUGUGUGCUGCGGAACAACAAGAUCCUCCCCAUGCACUUCCCUUUGCACUUGACUGUCCCCAAGUUUAGCCUCCCAGAACACCUGGUGAAGGGGGAAGUAUGGCCCGAAACCCUGGUCCAUCACUGGCUGGGUAUCUGCCAAGAACAGUUCGACAUUGAUGAGUAUUCACGGGCUGUCCGCGAUGUGAAAACUGACUGGAAUGAGGACUGCAAGAGCCCCAAGAAGGGCCGAUGCUCUGGCCACAACCAUGUGCCCAAUUCCCUUAGCUAUGCUCGUGAUGAGCUCACCCAGUCCUUCCACCGGCUCUCGGUCUGUGUGUAUGGCAACAAUCUCCAUGGCAACAGCGAGGUGAACCUCCACGGCUGCAGGGACCUGGGAGGAGAGUGGGCUCCCUUUCCUCAUGACAUCCUGCCCUAUCAGGACUCGGGUGAUAGUGGGAGCGACUACCUUUUCCCAGAAGCUAAUGAAGAAUUAGCGGGCAUCCCAGGGAAGUCAGAACUUCCUUAUGAAGAGCUGUGGCUGGAGGAAGGCAAGCCUAGCCAUCAGCCUCUCACUCGUUCCCUGAGCGAGAAGAGCAGGUGUGAUCAGUUUAGAGGUUCUGUCCGGUCCAAAUGUGCAACUUCUCCUCUUCCUGUCCCCGGAACUCUGGGAGCAGCAAUGAAGUCUUCAGAAAUUGCCCUACCUCCACCUCCAGUGCCUCCCAAAUCUGAAGCCGUCAGGGAAGAAUGCCGGCUCCUGAACGCCCCACCUGUUCCGCCCCGAAGCGCAAAGCCUUUGUCCACAAGUCCCUCCAUCCCUCCUCGCACAGUCAAGCCAGCGCGGCAGCAGACUCGCUCUCCCAGCCCCACCUUGUCCUACUAUUCUUCAGGGCUGCACGACAUCAGCGUUACUAAAAGUGACACAAGUCCUUCUGAAAGUGCUCCUGUUUCCUGCUAUCCGUGUAACCGAGUGAAGACUGAUUCUGUGGACCUGAAGUCCCCGUUCGGAAGUCCUUCUGCUGAAGCUCUCUCCUCCAGGCUCUCGUGGCCUAACCAUUAUUCGGGAGUGUCAGAGAGCCAGACCAGGAGUGACUUCCUGCUGGACCCAAGCAGGAGUUUCAGUUAUCCCAGACAAAAGACGCCAGGCACACCAAAGAGAAACUGCCCAGCACCGUUUGAUGUUGAUGGCUGUGAGCUCUCAGCCAGCCCGCCUGGCUCAGUCACUGCAGAAUUCAGUAGCAGCGUCUCUGGUUGUCCCAAGUCAGCCAGCUACUCUCUGGAGAGCACGGAUGAGGAAACUCUUGCAGCUGGCACAACAAAGCAGAGUGUCUCGUGCCCUGCCUUACCCCCCAGGGCCCCAAGACUAGUGGAAGAGAAAGCGACCUCCGAACCUUCUCCUUUGCCUCUGAAAAUCGAUGGUGCUGAGGAGGACCCCAAGGCUGGGUCACCAGACCUCUCUGAGGACCAGUACUUUGUUAAAAAGGGCAUGCAGGACAUCUUCUCCGUCUCCUACCCUUUCUCGUCUCCGCUCCACCUCCAGCUGGCCCCCAGGUCCUGCGGCGAUGGUUCCCCAUGGCAGCCCCCUGCCGACCUGUCGGGACUCUCUAUAGAAGAAGUGUCCAAGUCGUUACGGUUUAUUGGUUUGUCUGAAGAUGUCAUAUCGUUCUUUGUUACUGAAAAGAUUGAUGGGAAUUUGCUUGUUCAACUAACAGAAGAAAUCCUGUCAGAGGAUUUCAAAUUGAGCAAACUGCAGGUGAAGAAAAUCAUGCAAUUCAUUAAUGGCUGGAGGCCCAAAAUAUAACCAAAUGACCCCAGCUAGUAUUGAACAAAACUGAUACAUGUGUGUGCUAGAAGGGGUGGGCUGGGACACAAGUUCAUGUUUUUUUUGCACUAAAAUCCUUCUCUGUAAAUAGGGAUAAGAGAAACUCUUACUAUGCAGAUUACGUUUUUGAAUGGUGAACAGGCUAUUUUGUACAUGAAUAAAAAUGCUGUACAGAACACUUAGAGGUGUGCCUUGUACGUCCCUCAACACUCAACAGCUGCUAAAAGACAAAAGGCAUGUUCAGAGAAAUACUUCUUACCCAAGUAGGUGUAUGUGAGAAGGUAUGAUAUUUAUUACAAAAUAGCCAAAGCUGAAAGACGUAAGAAUCUUAAAAAAAACAAAAAAAAUACUUUGAACAACAGUUCCCUCCUUUGGAGGGAAUCGACUUUAGACAAUUAACUCUCUUCUGUGCUCUGUUUGGAUUGCUUAAUGCUAAUUGUUUUACUCUUGUGCCUGAAAAUGUUAGUGAUAUGAAAUGACACUUUAAUGUUACAUGCUUGGUGGGGAUCUUUUCAUCAAAAGGCGUUUUCCAAAAGUCGUGUAGAUAGAGCAUAUAAGACAUCCUUAGAAAUAAUACAAAUGACGACCACAAUAAUUUGUCUAUAACUGCUGCUAAUUUUAUUAAGCAGAG